GCAUAUAAAUUGUAGUGCGAAUUAUGGUUAAAUAUUCUCGCCAAAAUUUAAAUAAAAAAUUUGCGACAAAACUGAUUUGCAGAUAUUCAACAUACAGAAGAAAUGUAAAAGAAUCUCUCAUACUGAUCUCUGACAAGUGGUUUGUACUUAUGAACAUUUUUUUCCAUAUAGUACCUACAAACAAGGAUGUCCUUUUUCAAUGACAGUACGGGCUACAAAGGAUCGUCAAUGGUUGGAGAUCAAAACAAUUAAUUGCAACCAUUCAAAUCACCCAACAUCAAAGGUCUUCUUCGAUACUCUUCCGGAAAACCGAAGAUUAUCACCAGGGAGUCGCACCGAGGUUGAAAAAUUUAUAAAAAUGGGCUGUAAUCUUAAAUUGUUGCAGAACAAAGUCAUCGAUGAAAAAAAAAAACAUGUAACUCUGAAAGAUUUUUCGAACAUACGAGCAAAACUUAAGUGCUUGGACGACGAAAAUCUUUCGAAAGCUGUCACGCUGUUAGAAAAAGACUAUGGUGCAACGGUUAAAGUGUUGGAAGAAGAGAGGAAUUUCAAGGGCUUGUUUUUCAUUACCGAAGAUAUGAAAAAUUCUAUGUCGGCGUGGCCCGACAUAGUAUUUAUCGACGGCACAUAUAUGCUCCUCAAAACACGUCUCACGGUGAUGCUUCUCGUAGUAGAAGAUGGUAAUGGUCUCACCGAAGUCGUUGGAGUUGGAUUGCUUGCCAACGAAGAUCGCCCAACGUUCGAGUGGUUUCUACGAACAUUUAAGGAUGCCAAUACCGAAGCUUGCUCCAGAAUCUGGAGCAUAAUGGGAGACAAAGAUCUUCUGGAGCGCGAUGUAUUGAAAGAAGUUUUUUCGGAGAAUAUUGAAAAUUGUCAGUCAAGUCCAGGAAAGACACCGGUCGAUCCGGAGAUCCUCGACAUUCUCGGGUUAGAGGUCGACAAGGACAAAGGCGAGACAACGUGUAUCGAUGAGGAUCUCGUAAACAUGUGGCAGAAGCUGAUCAACAAAGGCCUGACAAAAGAGGAGAAGGAGGAGUUGCUGAAGGAUUAUAAGAGGAUCCCGGCACUGGAAGCUAAGAAGGUGAACCCGGAGAUAUUGGCCUCGCUUGCACCAAAGAUUGCAAAGAAAGAUUCGUAUUUAACUGAGAUCCAGAAUCUCGCCGGAGCUUCUCUCAUGGCAACUGGCAUGGUUCUCACGCUGUUAAUGCCGUAUCAAGGAGUCAAAAGUUCUAACACGUUUGAGUCAGGACAUCAAACAGAAAACGACACCAAUCCCGGAAAAGAAGACUUUUUUAUUCAGAGGCCCAUCGCAGAGGAAGCCCCUCUCUGCCUCCAUGGGCAACCACCAAAGCAGGGCACAAUCGAGAUCAUUCCCGUUCUACAAGAGCAAGCAACAACACUUCAACAGACGAAGCCACAGGAACAGCGAAUCAUCACGCCGAGAGAAAUAGGCAUCACUCAGCCAUCCAAGGGCGAGAAGCCUGAGCCUGAUCGCGGCCAAGGUAUCCGGGAAGCCUUUUUAGAGCAAGGAGUACCAGCGGAGGCACUGAGCAUCAUGAGAGCUUCACUAUCCCGGGCGACUGCAGACCAAUAUUCCUCCGCCUUGAAUCCGUGGUUCAAAUACUGUGUAGACAAGGGGUUUGAUUGCUUUAACCCUACUAGAGCGGCUAUAUUAGGUUACUUGACGACCAAAUACGAAGAGGGUGCGAGUUACGGUACGUUAAAUUCUGCAAGGUCGGCAAUAUCACUCGUUUCGCGGAAUAAAGUGGGAGAGGAUGUUACGGUACGGAGAUUCCUGAGAGGAGUUGCAAAACUCCGACCACCCAAGCCCAAAUAUACAUUUACGUGGGAUGUGUCAAUUGUACUAAAGUACCUGGAGCAAUUAGGCUCACCGGAGGAUAUUUCGCUAGUAGACUUAACGUACAAGACUGUGAUGUUAUUGUUAUUGAGCACAGGCCAUAGGGCACAAACUAUUGCUAAUAUAAGACUGGAGAAUGUAAGGAUAACGCCCGAGGGCUUAUUAAUCCACAUAACCGAUCUCAUUAAGACGUCAGCGCCGGGUCGUUGUCAACCGUUGUUGGAAAUCCCCUUUUAUAGUCAAAAUCCAAAUAUUUGCGUAGCAUCUAAUGUUAUAAGAUAUAUCGAGGCCACGAAGGAACUGCGUAAGGAGUCAAAAAAUCUGUUGAUCGCACUAAGAAAACCACAUAGGGACGUUAGCGCCCAGACGAUAAGCAGAUGGACAAAGAUAAUUUUAGAAAGAAGUGGCAUAGAUAUGUCGGUGUUCUCAGCACACUCUACACGACACGCGACCACUUCGGCGGCCUUGUCGCGAGGCAUGGAUUUAGAUACCAUAAGAAGAAUUGCGGGCUGGUCCGAAGGGUCAAAGACCUUCGCAAUCUUUUAUAAAAGACCGAUUUUAUCGGCAGAAUCUCAAAAGUUCGCGUUAUCAAUACUUGAUGUAAAACAUCUUAGAAAAUAAGUAGACUACUCAGGGGCUGUGUCAAGGAAGUUUGGUCUAAUAAAGAAAGUAGUCGUUA